CACCUCUCCACCCCCACCCCCCACAGCAAAAUUCCAAGCACUACCUUUGCAAUCGCACCACCACCGCGCAAGUUAGCUGUCCCCGCAAUCAUUAUGCCUUACUGAACCCCAAACCCAUGCAUUUAUGUGCUUCUCUCUCUGCUUAACCUACGCCCCCCCACCCCCACCCCCUACUGACACCACUCCAUUAAUGGAUCUGCAACUCUUCAUUUACUUAUACGCACAUUGUUCUGUAUCUAUACCUGAUCUUUGUAUAUAGUUAUGCAUCAUAUAUGCUAGCAUUUUUUCACUUUGUGCCUCUGUAUAUGUUCUCUUUUUCUCACUCUACUGUAAAUCGUAUAUGUGAUAUUUUGAGAAUUCUCGCCCAGUCGAUCUCCGAUCGGGUAGGAUCUCCGUGUAUUUCGAGAUCGCUGAGCUGAUUCUUGCGCUGUCGCUGAACAAAGAAUGAAUCCGCUCUGCUGCAUUGCUCCGGUGUCAGCGGAGAAAGAUCGAGCUGUGGUGAAGCCACAAACACUAAGUCAAGAGCUUGAGUUCGACAAGGAUUGUGGUAAUGUUGCUGAGAGUAAUGAUAAAAAUGUGAUUCUCAGGCCGGUGAGUUUUAACUCUAGGAGUAGUUUGUCGACCAAGGGCGGUGGUGGAGGAGGUGAUUUGCAAGCGGAGAAAUGCGUGGAGAGUGAUGAAGUAAAGAGUGUGGUUGGGAUUUUGUACAAAUGGGUGAAUUAUGGGAAGGGCUGGAGGGAGAGGUGGUUUGUGUUGGAAGAUGGGGUUCUCUCGUAUUACAAGGUGCAUGGACCGGAUAAAAUUGUCUUCUCUUGCAGGGAGAAGGGUGUGAGGGUGAUUGGGGAGGAUAGUUGGAAGUAUAUGAGGAAAGGCAGUACUGGUAAUGGGAGUAGAAAUGGUUUUAGGGGAAAUGGGUUCGGGUCGGGGAAGCAGUGGAAGCCGUUUGGGGAGAUACACUUGAAGGUCUCUUCUCUCCGCGCCAGCAAGUCGGAUGACAAAAGGCUAUCCAUAUUCACAGGAACGAAAACUCUCCACUUGCAUUGCCAAUCCAAAGAGGACAGAGCUUCAUGGAUUGAGGCCCUCCUGGUUGCUAAAGAUAAAUUCCCUAGAUUAUUGACAAGCAAUGAGUUGGCACCUUCUGAAGAAUUUGUUGUUUCAACGGAGAAGCUGCGAUCACGGUUAAUGCAGGAAGGCAUUAGUGAAAUUGUAGUUAAAGAUUGUGAGUCUAUAAUGCUAGGUGAAGUUGCUUUGAUGCAGAAUCACUUGAAGACUCUUCAGCUCAAACACAUCUUGCUCCUGGACACAUUAAGAAGACUGGAGACAGAGAAAAUUGAGCUGGAAACAACUGUAGUUGAUGAAACAAAGGCACGAGAUUCAUGCUGUGGACAAGCAAAUAGAAGGUUCAGUGAUUUCUAUUCUGUCAUGUCAGAGGGCAGUGCAAGCGAUUCAGAUGCAGAUAAUGAAAGUAGGUAUGGAGUAGAUGUUGAAACAGAUGAAGAUGAUGGGAUAUUUUUCGACACAAAUGACUUUUUGUCUGCGGAGACUCUAAGAAGUGCUUCCUACCGAAGUAGAGACAAUCCUGUAUACACUUGUAGCCCCUGGACAAGUGAAAAAAGAUCUUCUUUCUCUGGUCAUUUGGCAGAUGUUGGGAUGGAAAUAAAGGCAAUUGAAUUUCCAUAUAUCAAAAGAAGGGAUAAUUUACCAGAACCAAAGGAGAAAGACAAGCCUGUUGGGUUAUGGUCAAUUAUUAAGGAUAACAUUGGAAAGGACUUGUCAGGUGUUUGCCUUCCUGUUUACUUCAAUGAGCCUCUGUCCUCGCUACAGAAAUGCUUUGAAGACUUGGAGUACUCUUAUCUUGUCGACCGAGCAUUGGAAUGGGGAAAACAGGGAAAUGAUUUGAUGAGAAUUCUAAAUGUAGCAGCUUUUGCAGUCUCUGGUUAUGCAUCAACAGAAGGCCGGCAAUGCAAACCCUUCAAUCCUCUACUCGGGGAAACAUAUGAGGCUGACUAUCCAGAUAAGGGUUUAAGAUUCUUCUCAGAGAAGGUUAGUCAUCAUCCAAUGAUCGUUGCCUGUCAUUGUGAGGGCAGGGGAUGGAAAUUUUGGGCAGAUUCUAACCUCAAAGGCAAGUUCUGGGGUCGAUCCAUCCAGCUUGAUCCCGUGGGGGUUCUUACACUGCAGUUUGAAGAUGGUGAGACAUUUCAGUGGAGCAAGGUCACUACUUCUAUAUACAACAUCAUAAUUGGUAAAAUCUAUUGUGACCAUUAUGGCACCAUGCGUAUCAAAGGUAGUGGUACUUACUCUUGCAAGAUCAAGUUCAAAGAGCAGUCUAUCAUAGACAGAAACCCGCAUCAGGUUCAUGGAUUUGUGCAAGACAAUAGAACUGGAAAGAAGAUGGCAGUUUUGCUUGGGAAGUGGGAUGAAGCUAUGUAUUAUGUGAUGGGAGAUCCAACUACAAAACCAAAUGGAUAUGAUCCAAUGACAGAAGCUGUUUUGCUGUGGGAAAGAGAUAAAUCUGUUGCCAAGACAAGAUAUAAUCUCACGCCAUUUGCUAUAUCUCUAAAUGAACUGACUCCAGAGUUACAAAAGAAGCUUCCACCAACAGACUCGAGGUUGAGACCGGAUCAAAGGCAUUUGGAGAAUGGAGAAUAUGAGCUUGCAAAUGCAGAGAAGCUAAGACUUGAACAAUUGCAGAGACAGGCAAGGAAGCUGCAAGACAGAGGCUGGAAACCAAGAUGGUUCCAGAAGGACGAGGACGGUUGUUAUCGUUACAUGGGUGGAUACUGGGAGGCAAGAGAGAAACAAAACUGGGAUGAAAUCCCUGAUAUAUUCAGACAGCCCUGCGACUUCCCUGUUUGUGCAGCAGAAGAGUGAGCUGCUUCUCCGCUGAGCAGCUUCCAUAGUUCAGUCAAUUCUACUGUUUUUA